AUGACGAGUGGGCCUGUUGUCUCGGCACAACAUGAGUCAACACUCCAGAAGCUGAAUGCUAUCUUUGAAGCUUUCCUGACUCGCAUGGAAGAAAGAGGGAGGGCACCUUCCACACCUCUAAUCGACUGCGAACCUAUCAAAGACCAUGUGGGGGUUCCUGCUGGCUCCACGGAUCUUGAUGCGGUGAGUGGAGAGGAACCAGUGUUUGAUUACUCCUGUCUCGACACUUAUGAUUAUACAGACCCACAUGGUGCUCCUGCUCCCACAUCGACAGGAGAUCGACAACAGGCGCAGGAAAACAUUCCUGCCAGACACCCACUCCUGUCCUCUCAAGAUGGUGGCAGUGCGUUGCUGGAGAUCGGAAGUCUUCAUGAACAGGCCUCAGCGCAUGUUAUGCUGGAUGUAGUUCCAGCAGUUCGGGUGUUGGAGGCCCAGCAGUUCGGGUGUUGGUUGAACCGAGUAGCCCGGGGGACUUCCUUGUGCCAUAUCUAA